AUGACUCGGCUCAGACCAACUUUACUGGGAGCUCUUCUUUGGUACUGGAAUAUGGUGACCACAGCUACGACUACUGAUGGAAUUUUCCCAAUAAGUCAUUCUGCCAAUCAUGACAGGGAUCUGGAGAUAUUUGGGAACCUCGAUGACAUAAUUCCCCAUUACGAUUUCACAGAGAAUUCACAUUCUAAAGAUCCUCAGGACGAGAAUCAAGAGAUAUUUGGAAACCUUGAUGACAUUGUAACCGAUUACAAUUUUUCAAGGCCUCCAAAAAAAGCGCGGAGUUCAUACCCAAAGGAUUACCUUGAAGACCGACAUCCGUAUAGCCCUAAAUUUUUCGACAGUCAUUCUUCUGACGUUUACAAUAAUUUAAAGAGCCCUGUAUCAGAGCUAACCUUCAGCGCCAGCAUGGACAGUGACAUUGGGGAAAUAGGCUCUGGCUUUACGCCUUCAACGUGGGAAUCAAGAGGGAAAUUGAUGAAUGGUAAUCAGAAAAUAAACCAAGGCCGGUUGUCUGUGAACAUAGAGAAGCCUGACGUCGCACCUGAGCAAGUUACCCCCCAGAAAGAUCCGACUGGAAGUCGAAACAGGAAAAGACCCGUUGAAGUGAAAACUGGGGUGAAUCCCAGCGACUUGGAGAUCAGUGCCAGCACCGAUGAAAACCUCAUGAUACCAGUCAGUGUCGAGAGUUUGGCCACAUUUGCCCAAAUAUCAAUCCACAACCAGAAACCCCAAGAUCGAAAAGCAUUCAAAUAUGUUUGGGAUCAGAUCAACAAGAAACGAUUUUUCAUAGAAAGCAUUUACAUGUUCCCAGUUCCGACCGAAGCAUCUAGAGUAAAAUUGGGAGUUUUUUUGCAGAAGGCCGAUGCGGAAAUUUCCGAGAAUGAUAUCUUCAUGGAUUUCCUAGGCCGCCUACCAGAUGAUGAGAACGGCGCAACUCGUGCCAACGUCUGCAUCAAACUUCCCCUGCAAGAUGUCAACCCAAAAACAGGCAGAUAUAAUUCAGAGAGCCUGACGAGUAGAAUUCAACAGAUUCUGAAAUACUUGAAUGCUUUUCACCACUUGUUCGCUCAAGAUGGACUGAAUGAAGUGAUUUCUGGACAUCACCUAAAGAUUCUCGAAUGGUUUCACGAUUUUAUAUACAAUGAUACUAAAGAGCAUCCGCCUCUACUGGGUUGGGCUUGCCUCAACUGGCCACUCGAGAAAGAGAAACAUAAAAGAUUUAAUCCAGCUCAGAUGCUGACAUACAAAGCUUUAAGCCGGGAAAAGCUAAGCACAUCUGAAGCUGCUUACGUUGCACUCGAGUUACGCGCAAUGUGGUAUAAAACAGAAACCUCGAUAUCUCAGCAGCAGCUGGUUUUGGAAGCAUCAACGGUGAUCUCAAAACUCUUCAACAAAAAAUAA